CCCCCCUUUUUUAAAUGGGUAGGCCAUGCUUGAUUAUGUUGUGGCUCUAACUCUCCAAUGGUUUGACUUCACCUCCAAAGUCACGCUCUUCCACUGUGUCCGGAGACAGACGGGGGCCUGCCAACCAACCAACCAACCGGUUCCCCAUCCAACUUGAUCAUUAAUUCAAUCAAGAUCUAACUUGAUAAUAUUAACAGUAGCAACACAAAUGCAUUGUUUUUGUUGCCCUCAUAGGAUGAUUAGCUGUAAUAAUAUAAACGGCGCUGUUCUUAAAAUCAAUGAUAAUUUUCCCUGGCCACGUUUUGCCCUUGAAGCAGCUUGUGUGUGAGAGAACAAGGCCACUGCUAUGUUACAGACAGGGAAACUGAGGCCGAGAGGAAUCUGGCCAAGUCAAUGGUGGUCAGCUAGCAUUUGUUUUAUGAGUCGGAUUUCUGAAGCCAACCACACUACGUGAACUUACUCUGGAGUAAGUUAUUUAGAAGACGUAAAUCUCCGGCAUUUGCCUGUAAAUAAAUGUGCUUCGCGUUACACAGUUAUGGCGGAAUGUUUCAUUCACUCCUGUUUUUGGUCCCAAACUUGCAUGAACUAUGUAACUUAUUUGAGAAUUAAACAGGCAUACGUUUUGGGGUGGAAUGACAACAAAUCGCUUCCUAAUUCUAGGUAGCCUUCACCAGGUAUGAGGAACCAAGUUGAACAUUUUCGUUUAUAAUAACGAUGAUGAGACAUACCCACCCACAAAUAAUCUUCCUAUGUGUUUUUGUUUUUUUAAAAAAAUACGAGCAGUGUAUUUUAACUACAAGUAUCACACACCUCAGCACCUUAUAUAGAGCAUCCUUUAAAAUAAGGGAACCUUGCACCCUACCUAAAUGUCCCUGGUAGGUAUGUGGGUUUAGAAAUAUGCACGGCUCAGCAGAGCUGGACUGAGUUUCUUCCAGGCUAAGUGCGUGUUGGGUUGCAGUUUAACAGAACGACCCCACUCAUGUCAACUCAGAAGUAAGUCCUACUGGCGUCAGUGGGGCCUACUCCCAGAAAAGCAGGUUUGUAGUUAUAGCCUAUAUGCACUUUCAUGCCUGAGAGUAAAUCCCACUGAACUCAAAAGGGUUUAUUUCCGAGUAGACCUUUGUAGGGUUGCAUUGCAAGUAUCCCAAUAAAAGCGACCUCUCUGGGUGCCGUUUGAGCAGCAUGUUAGUUUUCUCUCAAAAUAAUCUCUUAAAAUUGCUUGGCUAAAUCGGUUUUUUUAAACAAACAAAGCCAGAAUUCUCCCUGUUUGUGUAAAAUGUCAGGGCAUGCAUUAUAUAAAACUCCAACGCACCUACUUUUUAAAAGUGGGGGUUGGGCAAAGGGCUGUGCCGCCGUUUUUUUAAAAGCUGGCUUUAAAAAAAGUUCAGGAUGGUGUGUAGAUAAAUGGUUCCUUUCCUUUAAGAAAAGGAAAACGAAAAGGAAAGUGCGUGUGUGUUUUUAAACAUGCUGGUGAUCGCGGCGCUCAGACGUCACCAGAGCGCCCCUUUUUAAGCCCAAGGCCCUUUGGACAAGCUAGACAUCUAGGGAGGCCCGAUCCCAAGCAGGCUUACUUGGAAGUAAAGCAUCCGCCUGCCCCCCCCCUUUCCGCGGACGUGAAAUGCUAUAUGCUCAGCUGCAGGUAGGCGCGCUCCUAGACGCGCCUUUCCCCAUGGAGGGCGAUACUUGGAAACGAGCCCCAUUGAAUCCGGUGACUUUAACACUGGGAGCAGGCAUGGAAGGAAGGCUUCCGUUUGCAGCGCCGUUCUGAGCAAGUUGACCUGGAAGAAAUGCUCCAGGAGAAAAGUUUGUCUGAGUCGGAGGAUGGAUUUGCUGCGCCCCAGGCCCCUGGCCAUUCUGAAACCACAACAGGUUCCCCUGUUCUGGGUGUAGCGGGAGUCAGCAGUACACCUCUGAACAGUCCCCAGGGUCCAGAUCCAGAGCAGACCAUUGAGAACAUCAAGGUGUACCUGCAUGAGAAAGAACUAUGGAAGAAAUUUCAUGAAGCUGGCACAGAAAUGAUCAUUACUAAAGCUGGAAGGAGGAUGUUUCCAAGUUACAAAGUGAAAGUCACUGGGAUGAACCCCAAGACCAAGUACAUCUUGUUGAUUGAUAUUGUUCCUGCAGACGACCACCGGUACAAAUUCUGCGACAACAAAUGGAUGGUGGCAGGUAAGGCUGAGCCUGCGAUGCCUGGGCGAUUGUAUGUCCACCCAGAUUCACCUGCCACGGGAGCCCACUGGAUGCGCCAGCUGGUGUCAUUUCAGAAGCUAAAGCUCACCAACAACCACCUGGAUCCCUUUGGACAUAUCAUUCUUAAUUCUAUGCACAAAUACCAGCCAAGGCUGCACAUUGUGAAAGCAGAUGAGAACAAUGCGUUUGGCUCCAAGAACACGGCUUUCUGCACUCACGUGUUUCCAGAAACAUCCUUUAUAUCCGUGACAUCCUAUCAGAACCACAAGAUAACUCAACUGAAGAUAGAAAACAACCCGUUUGCCAAGGGCUUUAGAGGCAGUGAUGACAGCGAUCUACGCGUGGCAAGAUUACAGAGCAAAGAGUAUCCAGUGAUCUCCAAAAGCAUAAUGAGGCAGAGGUUGGUGUCAACUCACGGUCAGCUUUCUACUAAAUCUGACAUUAGCUCGCUCCACGGGAGCCACCAGGGUCUCCAGCAUUACCAGUAUGAGAAUGGAGCUCACAUGCAGUUUGCAGCAUCAGAUGCCCAAGACCUGCCCCUCAACACCUUCACGGCACAAAGAGAAUCGGGGCUCUUCUAUCACUGCCUGAAGCGGCGAGAGGGUGCCCGGCAUUUGGAUUUACCCUGCAAGCGCUCUUAUCUGGAUGCCUCCUCGUCUGUCGGAGAAGAGCACUAUUUUCGGUCACCACCUCCGUAUGACCAGCAAAUGCUGAGCCCCUCCUACUGCAGCGACGUGACACCGCGGGAGGCGUGCAUGUACUCCAGCUCCGGUGCUGAAAUUGCAGGUGUCUCAUCGGUAGAAGACUUGCCUCCUCCGCCUCCUCCUCCACCUUUGAGCUGCAAUAUGUGGACCUCAGUUGCACCUUACACCAGCUACAGUGUUCAGACAAUGGAAACUGUCCCCUACCAGCCGUUCCCUGCUCACUUCACAGCUACAACCAUGAUGCCGCGUCUACCCACCAUCACGAACCAGAGUUCCCAGCCGCCGGGCAACAGCCCCUUCACGGUCUACAAUCAGCUUUCACAAUCUCAGGCCCGGGAGAGAGUCCCUGCACCCUCCUUCCCAAGGGAGCGGGUGCACCCCUCCGUGUGCGAGAGGAAGCCCCCCUCUCCCCACUUAGGCGCAGCCAAUGAAUUCCUCUACUCUCAGACCUUCUCACUGUCCAGGGAAUCAUCUUUACCGUAUCAUUCAGGAAUGGGGACUGUGGACAACUGGCCUGAUGGAUGAUUCCAGCAGCUGGGCAAUGAACCUAAACAUUACGGUUAAGAGUCAGUGCUCCAGGACAAUGUUAAUUCAGUGUUAAUACCUGUGGGUAACUUGCACUUCCAUGACACCGACAAAAAAACAUCGGUGUUUGUGUAGCUGAAGAGCUUGUUUUCUGUUAGACACAAAAGCAGCUCAGUCUUGGGGGUGGGGGAGGGGGUAAAAAUCCAGUUCUAUACCAAAAAAAAAGCACUCGGCUCAGUGGCCUGGACCACCAGUCGUAUUGCCCACUGAGAGUAUUUGCCUCAAAGAGAGAUGUGGUUCCCUCCAUGAAAUCAUGAAACACUUAUUCUCCCUUUUCAAGCACAUGCACUCACACAAAAUAUACACCAGAUUGUUCACUGAAUGCCUCCUCCAUUUCCAGGCAUUUUGGAUACUUUACAAAAACCAGUGCAGAGAGCAAGCACAAAGAAAAUUGAGUGUGUGACCCAGAAAGCCACUUAAGCAGAUUAAAUGUGUAUGCCACUGUAUUCAGCUGCAGUAGGGCUUGGCCAAGCUGGUGCAGUCUUGGAAGCUGAAAUCAGCACUGAUCAGGGGAAUUUUAU